GUAAUGGAAAAUGCGGUUUGAGAGAGUGAAGAUCAGCAAACAUAGUUUGAAUGACCGAUUAGUAGAUUAUUCCGGAUUUGAUUAUGUAAAAUUUUCCACACUCGGGUUUCAUACGCAACUUAGUAUCAUCGGGAAAGUUUCAAUGAGAUCCCAGCGAUUCUCCAAGAAACAUAAUUAAAGAUAACACCAAGAAAAAUAAUUUAAAAAGAAAAAGUAUGAGAUUGUUUCGAAAGAACUGUGUACACCGACGAGUGCGUGGGUCUUCCUGCUUUUAUUUGACGUCGAGUCGCAGAUGUUCGUGUGAUCCCCAAAAAGAGAUGAGAUAAUUACACGUUUUCAGACUCACUCGUGAACGACCGUGAGAUGCGAGAGGGCCUAGCGAUCGGAUUCCAUGCAGUUACUUUUCUGCAAUACGCUUUUGCGGUUUUUUACGAUUACAUGUAUACGAUCGUGCCGCACGAUGUUAGGAGUGUGCACAACGCCUACGGUGGGAAGUUCAAGUUCCUAACGUUCUGGGAUGCGAUUCUGCAAACGAUAUUCUUCUUGAUAUGUCUUCUAAACGAUUUAUUCGGCACAAAUGCUAUAAACCCCAAGAAGUCGCCUUUCACGCGGAAGUUGAAAGAUUACUUCUAUGCGAGUCUCGGGUUUCCGGUUGCUAUGUUCGUCGGCGUGACUUUCUGGGUGUUAAUGUUCGUGGAUCGUGAACUGGUAUUGCCGAAAGCACUGGAUCCGUACUUCCCAUGGUGGUUGAACCACUUAAUGCAUACAAUGAUCAUGGUGACGAUAAUGUUAGAAACGAUAUUCGUGUCACGGCAAUAUCCUAAGCGAUCUCGCAGCCUCGGAAUACUCAUUAGCUUUAUGCUCACGUACUUAGUCUGGGUACACGUAAUCUACUAUAAAAGCGGCGUCUGGGUGUACCCCGUGAUGGACGUGCUGACGCUGCCACUACGGAUUGUGUUCUUCGUCGUGCUACUGGCGUUUUGCGUAAUCCUAUACUUCGUCGGAGAGACUCUGAACAACAUCAUCUGGGGUAACGAAUACACAAAGCAUAAAAAAUCUCACGCCAAAUCCAAGUAGCCUCGCCCAAGCGUUCCUAACGGGUGAUAAAAACCACAUCUGCCUGCUGCCUGCGGUGUUGGUGAAUAAACAAAAAUGGAUAUUUUCUACACGUACCCUCCGUUGCAGCAUGCACGAUGUAUUUGUCAAAUGUAAAUGUCAUUUAGAAUAUUAGUGCUGUGUAUGUGCAUGCGAGGCGCAGUUUAGGGUAUAACAAUAAGGCUCGCGCGAUCGUUAACCCGGCGCAAUGGAGAUAACACGAAUGAGCAGGAGCAGCAUGUAAGGUGCAACACAUUUCCAUGAGAUCACAGACCAAGGGAGACUAAUCCGUGGGUAUAAUACAGUUAUUUCUCUCAUUUUCUUUUCCCUGUUACGCGCCGAGAGUCGAAUAAAACGAUGCGUACCUCAUAUAUAAAUCCUUCCUUCCCCGCUCACAAUAAUACUUAUUUUUGUACUUUCGUAGCGAACGACUUAUUAUUGUUUUUAUCAAUAAAGUCAUUAUAAUACAGUGCACAUAGAAUAUGUAUGUAAUAUAUAUGCAUAUGAUGUACAAUGUAGCGUACAUGACAAUUUGCCCGAACUAAAGUCCAGAUAUAUUUGUGUGAUCGAGUGUAGGAAAAAAAUACAUAGCGGUAACGGAGAGCGUGGAGCCAGAUUUGAAAACGUAGGAAACGGCAGAUGGACGAGAGGGAAUCUUAAAUGUACCGAUCGUAAUGUACCGAUCAUCCGGGGAUAACGUUGCUGAGGACAUUUUCUUGCUACAAGUGAGAGAAGUGCCUUGGCGAAAUCUAGUACGUUUACGGAAAGAAGAUUUUAAUUUCGACAAAAAUAUAUGAUUAUCCAUGUAAUAUUAUUGAGUAUAGUUUAAUUCGGCAAAUAAUGUAAUGAUACGUAAUGGCCUAGAAUUGAUUGCAACAUAUAUAUUUUCCUAGAAGUUUAUUAAAUAUGUUUAAUGGAUGAGAGAUGGCAUCUGUUUCCUGCUAGAAUAUAGUUUAAAUUUGAACAUGUGGCAUCAAAUAAGAAUUAUGUAUUGUUUACAGAA